UCAUCACCACCAUCACCACCAUCAGCACCAUCAUCACCGCCAUCACCAUCAGCACCAUCAGCAUCACCACCAUCACCACCACCACCACCAUCACUACCAUCACAACCACCAGCACCAUCACCACCAUCACCACCACCACCAUCUCCAUCAUCACCACCAUCACCACCACCACCAUCACCACCACCAUCAUCUCCACCAUCACCAUCAUCAUCACCACCACCACCAUCAGGACCAUCAUCAUCACCACCGUCACCACCACCAUCACCACUACCACCAUCACCAUCACCACCAUCAUCAUCACCACCAUCACCAUCACCAUCACCACCACCACCAUCAGCAUCAUCACCAUCACCACCAUCACCACCAUCACCACCAUCGCCAUCACCACCACCACCACCGUCAUCACCAUCAUCACCACCAUCACCACCAUCACCAUCACCACGAUCAUCACCACCAUCACCACCACCACCAUCAGCAUCAUCACCAUCACCACCAUCACCAUCAUCACCAUCAUCACCACCAUCACCACCAUCACCAUCACCACCAUCACCACAACCAUCACCACCACCAUCACCAUCACCAUCACCACCAUCACCACCACAACCGUCACCACCAUCAGCACCAUCACCAUCAGCACCAUCACCAUCACCACCAUCAUCACCACCAUCACCACCAUCGCCAUCACCACCACCACCGUCACCACCACAACCAUCACCACCAUCACCACCACCAUCGCCAUCACCAUCACCACCACAACCAUCACUAUCAUCACCACCAUCACCACCACAACCAUCACCACCAUCACCACAACCACCACAACCACCACAACCAUCACCACCAUCACCACCAUCACCACCACCAUGA